GGCGUGUCCUGCAGGCACUGUUCAUGUCGACUUUCACACAAUACUCUCAAGGACUGUCUCAGACAUUAGCCAGAACCUCAAACUCAAUUCUGCCUCAUGCGCUCAAGAUGCCUCUGGUCGAGCUGCGAAACAAACGCCUAAACGGCGUCAAUCAAUAUUUGCAGAAUCGCGAGGUGGGAGGUGCCCAACCGGAACCAGAGAAGCGUUCUCUUACGCCGCAGCCUCAGCGAGAGCGGUCAAAGCAGCGUGCCAACGAUACUGUCGAAUACAAGCCACGGGCUAGUAGUCGGGAUGCCGUUGGUGGCAAGCAAGGGAACAUGCCACGGCCAGAUUUUAUCAAAGGUUUGAAAGUGGCUGUUCCAGAUACAAUUGCAAAGGCCAAGGCAGAUCCAACGCAGCCAACUCACCACCACAGUUCUGAUAUUGUUCCAAGCACCGUGCAGCACAAGACAUCUCGGACCGAUCCCCGUGCUGAGGGACACCAUGAACUUAUCGGCAGUGCCUUCGAUGACACCCAAAGCAUCCACUUCGAUGACUCGACCAGUAUUGCGGAUGGUCAAGAGACCCAGGUGAACCUAGGUUUCGGCUUCGACCCACAGGAUGGACCACCUCCAUACCAGCGACCCAUCCCUUACAAGCAACAUACCGUGGCAUCGAAGAAUAUCCAGCAAUCGUACAGUAAUCUGGUGGGACCAGGUUGGCAAACGCAGGUCGAUCAUGAAAGAGUUCGGCGAGGCGAAGCACCAAAAUAUGGCACACGUUUCGAUGAACAUACAAAGGACAGUGUCCUGACAAGUGAGGCACUUGACGAUGGUUACGAGCCAGACGGCGAGUUUGCUGAAGAUGAACCUAAUACAUGGGAUACCCCGUCACGUACAAGAGUGGUGCCUGAGGAACAUCAUGCGUCUCAGGAGUUCAUCAAGCAUGAAUCUCAGCAGAUCGUGCCCGAGGGCCGGGUCAACCCUCCCCUUCCACAUCAGAGCCGACCAUUGGGCGAAGUUCCUGUUAAUAUCAACGGGGAGAUUCCUCACCAGAAGCACAAGACUCGUUUCCAGGUGCCACAGAAGCAGUUCACUAUCAACAAUUCUGCCGAGUUACCGGAAGCCAGUGGAUCUGCUGAUAUCUCACAACACCCUCGGCAGCCAAAUAUCCAACCGCCACCAUUCUCCUCAAAAGUCUCUUCAUACCACGAAUCCUCCUCAGAAGAAGACCACGCUCAGUCAACUGCCGCCCCUACUUCACCAGGCCCUCCGAGCAAACGACCACGCGAGGAGGAUCUGGACUUCGAUCCCGAAACGCUCACCGGAAAGACCAUGAAAGACAUCGACGACAUGCCCUUCACGACUGACCCGAGUGUUCCUCAACUCGAACCUGCCCUCGACAUGAACGGCACGCCGAUCAGUCUGGCCACCAAACUCACCAAUUUGACCAAGAUGCGCGAAGAAGAUCAAAAGCUCUUGUUUAGAUCUCUAACCGACAACGACCGCGAGCAGACUGCUUCAUGGUUCCUGGAGAAAUUCCAGGCCGAUGUGCGGAAGUUGAUGGAUGUCAGACUAGAGCGCAGAAAAAUCGCGUUGAAGUACGAAUUGGAGGUUAAGAAGAGGUUUGAACGCGUCGAGACCAAGAAGAAGGAUGUUGAUGAGGAGUUGGCGGGUCUUAGGAAAGGCGGCGGCGAAUUAAUUGCCGGCAAGAGUAUGGCGAAGGGCAGUGGUGGUUGAAAUUCCGAGCGACUGGUCGAGACGGUCUGGAUGGGUAGUGGGCGUUGCGUUGGGCAGUUCAUGCUGUUUGUGGUUGUUGACUUACGAAAAGUAAGGUAAUGAUGCUAUGAAAGAUAUGAACGAAACUGUUCACGAGGCAAGAUGAUUUCGAUAUGAUACCCCUGUAUAGUUAUGAAAUAGGUACUGAGUGCUCGGUAGACACAGACACAGACACCAAAUUUGAUAUAUACUUAAGCACUGUGGCAC